UCCAAGAUGGAAGCACAGAGGCGCCUUUCCGGAGCUCAGCGGCAGUUUGAAUUAAAAACAAGGCCGAGUGUGUCUUUACACCCAGGGAAUAAUCCAACUCUUAUCAGCAGCACCUCACGUCAACACACAAACUAACCCCGCUAAAAGCUAAUAACACACAAAAUGGCUGCUAAAAAGAAGCGGACGCCUCGCGCACAAAAUGACAGCUGGGUGGUGGUUGCUGCAGACUCUGUCCUCGAUGCAAAGAAGCAGGACAGCGACCCGGCUUUUGUGAGACUGAGGAAUCCAACAACAGAUGAAGCAUCUCUGUACAUGUUGGGUGCCGGCGAUGCACAGAUGUACGAGGUCAAAGCGUUCGAAGAAGAUUUCCACUCCUGGUUUGUUGGUCAGACUGUUCAGAGAGAUGGAAGACUUCUCUUUGUUACUCCAAUGGAUCCUCUUUUCCUUAUCUUACCCUAUUUGAUUAAAGCUGGAAAAGAGGGGAAGUUCCAGCCUGUGGAUCAGAUUGUUAUGGAUGAGGAAUUCCCAGUUUGUUCGAGGCUGUUGAGCUGCACACGUUCCCUGGCCUCCCUGCACCACAUUGCAGAGGAAAAAGAAGUGGGAAGCCUGAAGUUCCAUCGAUAUAGCCAAGAGAAGACAAUGAAUUGGUUAAAAAAAAAGGUGGAGAGGACAGUUGUUGCUCUCAAGAAGAAAAAUAUCUCCGUGGGUGAAGGAGUCAAGUCCACAACAUAUAUCAGAGUGAAGUCAGAGUCAGAAUACCAUGAGGAGGACUACCUGCGCUACGCCCACGGCCUGAUAUCAGAGUACAUCAGUGAAGACCUGAGCAAAGCCCUUCUCAAACACUUGCAGUUACCAGAGCUCACGAGCCCUAAGGAAACUGAGCCUCCUUCUAAGAAGCGGAAACUUUCAGGCAAUGCGGUGGAGGCCGAAGAGGACUACACCAAAUUCAACAGUGCCGACUUUGCGCGGAAACCUCCCAAGAAGAUGACGGCUGCUCAGAAAACUCUGGCUAAGGUGGACAAGACCGGCAUGAAGACCAUGUCAUCCUUCUUCAGUCCCAAAGGCAAAACAGAGAAGAAAUGAACUUUGUAGAGUUUCUGUUUUGUACGUCACACCUUUUGUAAUAAAGAAAUGAAAAGAAAUGGACAUAUUUACAUUUUUAUAGUUUGAAUGAGACAUUGAUGAGAAUGAGAAGAGAAGGAAGCUAGGUUUCAAGUAUUUUACCAAUAUAUUAAUCUAAAGAAUAAUAUUAUAAAUUAUUAUAGUAUAAAAUUAAAAGUAGUUAAUACUCUAAACUUAUUUUUAUGAUAAUUAUUCUGAACAUUUUUAAAUUCAGGUCUUUUUAGUAUUUGUAGUUAUUCUCUUUUUAGAUGAUUCAACGGUCUACAUGCCCUUUCCUAUACUGUAGCUCACAAUCAAAUUACACAGUAGUAUCAGAAGCAUCACACAGGUCAUGGUUUAUUUAUAAUUGUAAAAAAUAAAUAAAAAUCAUUCAUCACCA